UUUUUUUUUUUUUCUUUCUUUCUUUUUCACCCUUUUCUUCUUCUUCUUCUUUUUUUAAUUGUUGAAUUGGUUUUUGCCUUUUUUUUUAAAACCUUUUAUCAAUAUUUAUUUAUUUUAUAUUAUAUUCAUUCCCUUUUUCUUAUCUGUAUGCCACAACCUAUUCAACCUUUUCCUCAACAAGAAACAAUGGAAUCAAAAGUAGACACUUUAGAAAUAUCACCAGUGAUUGUUCCUUCCAUGUCACCUAUGGUAGAUUUCCCUUUAUAUUAUUAUUAUUAUCUUCAAUCUCAAACAAUGCCAAGACCUAUGGUAAAUAAUUAUAAAAUGAUUAGGAAUAAAAAUAGACUGAUCAUACUUUUAUUAUAGCCAAUUCAUCAUACACUUGAAAAUGCUACUAUUAGUUUUGAUAAUACUGAUUAUCAAUUCAAAUGGCAUAAAGAUUUAUUGGUCAAAGAUGUCUUUUUAUCUCCACCUAUGACUUCUACUACAACUGGAUCUAUACAACAUCAUCAUCAUCAACAACAACAACGGUUUAUCAAGAAAAUGGAAGUAGCUCCUUCUGAUCUUUUAUUGGAUGACACUGAUGUUUUUGGUUUGAAUGAUACUUCUUUACUUUUGGAUGAUCAACAGCUUCAACAUCGUAUUACUUCUGUUUAUGCUACCGAUUUACCUACUCCUCCUGCCAAUAUAGAUUCUCCUUCUUCUGAUUAUCUAGGUAUCAAGAGACGACAUAGUAGUAUCUGCAGUGAUAGUAGUGAUGAUGCUAGUAGUGUGCAAUCGGAUUCUGAAAAACGCCCAUGCUUGGUACAUUCUCCUUGUUCUUUACCAGAAUCCCCUCCUCAAUUACCUAUGUUUGAUUUUGAUGAUGAAGAUGAAGAUGAAGAUAAUGAUAUUAUGGAUAAAAGAACACGUUCGACGACGGACUUCCAACCUUACCCAACCAUUAUGGAAUGGAUGACCGACGAUGAAGAUGAUAUGACGUUGCACCAACAACAACAGCUGGAUUUGGAACUCACCAUCACCAAUGAGCCAUCCAUUCCAAAACCUUCAAAAAAAGCCAAGACAACCAACAUGUCUAAAAAGCAACAUAAGGAAAAAUCAACAAAAUCGACAAAAUCAACUACAAAGAAAUCAUCUCCUCCUUCGUCUCCUUCGUCAUCAUCUACCGAUUUGACAGAUGACACCAGUUUACCCGUUUAUGUACCUCAUGGAGCUGCUCAAGUCGAAUUACGAUAUAGUACUCAGGGGCUUUACAAACAUUUAUUGAAGCAACGUGUGGAUUGGUGCCGAUACUGUGGUACAACAGAAGGUGUCAAUUGGCGACCUGGACCUUGGGGAAAACGUACACUUUGUAACAAACAUGGAUGUGAUUAUAAGGGAUAUGGAUUUGCAUGCAAAUUACCUCGAUUGGACCUCACUGCUUUUGUCAAGGAACCUAUGGAUCAACGUAUUCGUCCUGUACUUCAACUCUUUUGUAGCUGCUGUCAUCGAUCUGAAUCUUGGGAAGAUAACCUUCUUGUACAAUGCGAUGGUUGUCCUAUGGCUUAUCAUCAACAAUGUCGACGUGAACAAGAUCUGGAUGAUGAGUUUUGUGCUUCUUCUCAACCUUUCUUUUGUACUGGGGAUAAAUGUCGGGACAAUCUAAAAAAGAAAAGGGUCGUCGUGGAAUUCUCAAGAAAACGCUUACCUUUGAUGCGUACUCCGAAACAACAACAAGCUAUGAUGGACGCAUUGAAACAGUAGACUAGACUUUUUUUAUUAUUAUUAUUAUUAUUUAUUCUGGUAUAUAGCUU